UGCGAGCCGCCGUUCACUUACUGCCUCCCUUCCUUCUUUCUCCCUCCGCCACCCGAGCACCAGCCGCGCUCUGAGCUGCCCCCGGGGUUCCUCCCCCACCGCCAGAGGAGCAGCUGCCGUCGCCGCGAGCCGCACAUUAGGAGGGAGGAAGGAAGGAAAGAAGGAAGGAAGGAAAGGGGGCCUGAGUGACUAGCAAGUGGGAGCCGGUGAAUGGGCUUGUGGUGACCCCCGCCCCCCACCCCACCCUCCCUUCCCACCCGACCCCCAACCCCCAACCCCAGUUAGAGUCGCCGCCCGAGAGGCCGGACCGUCGUCUUAGGAGGAGUCGGCGCCACCACCUUCGCCAUGGAGCUGAUCACUAUCCUCGAGAAGACCGUAUCUCCCGAUCGCCUGGAACUGGAAGCGGCGCAGAAGUUCCUGGAGCGUGCGGCCGUAGAGAACCUGCCCACUUUCCUUGUGGAACUGUCCAGAGUGCUGGCAAAUCCAGGAAACAGUCAGGUUGCCAGAGUUGCAGCUGGUCUACAAAUCAAGAACUCUUUGACAUCUAAGGAUCCAGACAUCAAGGCACAAUAUCAGCAGAGAUGGCUGGCUAUUGAUGCUAACGCGCGAAGGGAAGUCAAGAACUAUGUUUUGCAGACUUUGGGCACAGAAACCUACCGGCCUAGUUCUGCCUCUCAAUGCGUAGCUGGUAUUGCUUGUGCAGAGAUCCCAGUGAACCAGUGGCCAGAACUCAUUCCUCAGCUGGUGGCCAAUGUCACAAACCCCAACAGCACAGAGCACAUGAAAGAGUCGACAUUGGAAGCUAUUGGUUACAUUUGCCAGGAUAUAGACCCAGAGCAGCUACAGGAUAAAUCCAAUGAGAUUCUGACUGCCAUAAUCCAGGGAAUGAGGAAAGAAGAGCCUAGUAAUAAUGUGAAGCUCGCGGCUACUAACGCACUCCUGAACUCAUUGGAGUUCACCAAAGCAAACUUUGACAAAGAGUCCGAAAGGCACUUUAUUAUGCAGGUGGUCUGUGAAGCCACACAGUGUCCAGAUACAAGGGUACGAGUGGCUGCAUUACAGAAUCUGGUGAAGAUAAUGUCCUUGUAUUAUCAGUACAUGGAGACUUAUAUGGGUCCUGCUCUUUUUGCUAUCACAAUUGAAGCAAUGAAAAGUGACAUUGAUGAGGUGGCACUGCAAGGGAUAGAAUUCUGGUCUAACGUCUGUGAUGAGGAAAUGGAUUUGGCUAUUGAGGCUUCAGAGGCAGCAGAACAAGGACGGCCCCCUGAGCACACCAGCAAGUUUUAUGCCAAGGGAGCACUGCAAUACCUAGUUCCAAUCCUCACACAGACACUCACAAAACAGGAUGAAAAUGAUGAUGAUGAUGACUGGAACCCCUGCAAAGCAGCAGGAGUGUGUCUCAUGCUUCUGGCCACCUGCUGUGAAGAUGACAUUGUCCCACAUGUCCUCCCCUUUAUUAAAGAACACAUCAAGAACCCUGACUGGCGGUACCGGGAUGCGGCGGUGAUGGCUUUUGGCUGUAUCUUGGAAGGACCAGAGCCCAAUCAGCUCAAACCACUAGUUAUACAGGCUAUGCCGACCCUAAUAGAAUUAAUGAAAGACCCCAGUGUAGUAGUUCGAGAUACAGCUGCAUGGACUGUGGGCAGAAUUUGCGAACUGCUCCCUGAAGCUGCCAUCAAUGAUGUCUACUUGGCUCCCCUGAUGCAAUGUCUGAUUGAGGGCCUUAGUGCUGAACCCAGAGUGGCUUCAAAUGUGUGCUGGGCUUUCUCCAGUCUAGCUGAAGCUGCUUACGAAGCUGCAGAUGUAGCUGAUGACCAGGAAGAACCAGCUACUUAUUGCUUAUCCUCCUCAUUUGAACUCAUAGUUCAGAAGCUACUGGAGACCACAGACAGGCCUGAUGGACAUCAGAACAACCUGAGGAGUGCUGCCUAUGAAUCUCUAAUGGAAAUUGUAAAAAACAGUGCCAAGGAUUGUUACCCUGCAGUUCAAAAAACUACUCUGGUCAUUAUGGAGCGACUGCAACAAGUGCUUCAGAUGGAGUCACACAUCCAGAGCACAUCCGACAGAAUCCAGUUCAAUGACCUUCAGUCUUUACUCUGCGCAACUCUUCAGAAUGUUCUUCGGAAAGUGCAGCAUCAAGAUGCUUUGCAGAUCUCUGACGUGGUCAUGGCCUCCCUAUUAAGGAUGUUUCAGAGCACAGCUGGGUCUGGGGGAGUGCAAGAGGAUGCCCUGAUGGCAGUUAGCACAUUGGUGGAAGUGUUGGGUGGUGAAUUCCUAAAGUAUAUGGAGGCCUUUAAACCCUUCCUGGGCAUUGGAUUGAAAAAUUAUGCUGAGUACCAGGUUUGUUUGGCAGCUGUGGGCUUAGUGGGAGAUUUAUGCCGUGCCCUGCAGUCCAACAUUUUACCUUUCUGUGAUGAGGUGAUGCAGCUGCUCCUGGAGAAUUUGGGGAAUGAGAAUGUCCACAGGUCUGUGAAGCCACAGAUUCUGUCAGUGUUUGGUGAUAUUGCCCUUGCUAUUGGUGGAGAGUUUAAAAAAUACCUUGAGGUAGUAUUGAAUACUCUUCAGCAGGCCUCCCAAGCCCAGGUGGACAAGUCAGACUAUGACAUGGUGGAUUAUCUGAACGAGCUAAGGGAAGGCUGCUUGGAAGCCUAUACUGGAAUCGUCCAGGGAUUGAAGGGAGAUCAGGAGAACGUACACCCGGAUGUGAUGCUGGUCCAACCCAGAGUAGAAUUUAUUCUGUCUUUCAUUGACCACAUUGCUGGAGAUGAGGAUCAUACAGAUGGAGUAGUAGCUUGUGCUGCUGGACUGAUAGGGGAUUUAUGUACAGCAUUUGGGAAGGAUGUACUGAAAUUAGUAGAAGCUAGGCCCAUGAUCCAUGAACUGUUAACUGAAGGACGGAGAUCGAAGACUAACAAAGCAAAAACCCUUGCUACAUGGGCAACAAAAGAACUGAGGAAACUGAAGAACCAAGCUUGAUCUGUUACCAUUGGGAUGAUAACCUGAGACCCCCACUGGAAAUCUCCAAUCUUUUGAAAAACCCGGAAGUGAGGAGUGUGCACGGAUGCUGAAUGUUUGGGAAUGAGAGGAUGAGUGAGUGAGGCUUGAAAACACACCACAUUGAAAAUCCUGCCACAGCAGCAGCCGCAGCCGCCAACAGCAGCGCUGUUAGUGAGCUAAGUAAGCACUGACUUCGUAGAAAACCAUAACAUCGGCCAUCUUGGAAAAGAGAAAAAACGAUGGAUUUACUUAAAAAAAAAAAAAAGGGGGGCAAGAAAGAAAGCUAUCUCUUCCCAGGAGAGGCUAGAACCAUCUUUUCUGUUUUUUGGCUGGUGCUGAGUGGAAUGACUGGUUUGGGAAAAGAGGGACUGGGUUCAGCUGUGGUGCUUUGUUGUAAAAGGCAGCCUGGCCUUUGCUACUGAUAAGAAAGAUGGAGCCUGGGUCUCAAGCCCACCUUCAGCGUACCUUUGCCACACGGUACUGUACACGUGCCGGCUAAAAGGAGGGUGAGGGAUUCUUUUCAGUCUGAGAAUGAGUGUGUGUGAAUGAGGCGGUAUCCACAUUCUCAACUUCAAGUCAUUGCAGUUUCUUUUUCCCAAAAAAAAAAAAAAGGGGUUAGACGUUGCAUUUCAUAAAACUAACUGAAGUUCUGUCUACUGAUGCAGCACAAGAGAUGUUUUAAAAAAAAAAAAAAAAAAGGCAAGAAGCUCCUUAGGGUUUUUGUUUUGUUCUUUCAAUAUCUCUUCGGGAAAACACUGACGAAUGGUCAGAGCUCCCAUCCUGAUACUUUCAUCCAGGCGCCUUUCCUAAUACUAUGGUUCAACUGUGAAUGUAGAAGUGGCGGGAGGGGGGAGAAAAAGAAAACUCUGGAAUUAGAGAAUAUAGUAAAAAUAAAAGUACAAUUGUUAAAAAUAAAGAAUACAGACUUCAAAAACAAAAAAAGCCACAACCCAAACAAACCAAAAGUUAUAAAUGCUCAGAAUUGGCAGCACAAAAGACAGGCUCUCUCCUGACUUGUAUUCUGGUAGUCUGAACGCCCCCCGAAAAUUGUGCCAAAGAGUUUAGAAAACAAAUAUACAAUAAAAGUAAACACACGCACAUACACACAAAACAGUAAACUUCAGGUAACUAUUUUGGAUUGCAAACAGAUAAAUUUAAUGUUCAAACAAUCUGAUAAAAUAACCAUUUGGAAACUGCUUGGCCUUCUGUUCUCUUUUAUUUGAUUGACUACAAUGCGGUAUUGGUCUCUUGCUGCACUUCAAAACCAACUAAACAACAAAACAAAAACAAUAUAUAUAUAUAGAAGUAUAUAUAUAUAUAUAUAUAUAUACACUAACUAGGACUUUCGUGAUGAAAAUGGCACUUGAAAAACGGUUAUAUUUUUCCACUGAAGAUUAAUAAAAUGGUGUCAUACAUUCCCCUGGUCACACACUUUAAUAUAUAUUUUUAAAGGUGUGAUGUGCUGUGAUUACCAUAAAUCAGACUUAAUUACUUUCCCUUUUCCAUGGGAGCAGGGCAUCCCAAACUUUGGUUUUAGAAUCUUUCAGCAAUAAGGGAUGUCAGUGAGCUUGAUUCCCUUUUGGUUUUGCAGUUGUUAGGAUUUUUUGCUGGCAUUUUGAAUAUGCUGCUUUCAAAAAACUAAGGAAGUUUUAUAAUUGCUUCCCAGUAUUUGGAAGAUGAAAAAACAAGACUCAUUUCCAUCCUAACAAAAGUAUGGGCUAAUGAUUCUCUUUGUCUCUUCCUUCACCAUCUUCCCCUCCCUAUCCAAGCUUUCCACUCCUAAGUGGAAUUGACUUGGUUUUGCCCAUCUACACAGCAGCAUCUCUAAUAGCUCUUGUACAGGGUAUCAGAUAUUGUGCCUUUUGGUGCCAGGUUCAAAGUCAAGUGCCGAUCUAUGAACCAGUGUACAAAAAAAAAAAAAUCCAGG